GGAAAUGUUUCAAAAGUAGUUUAGUUAUUGCAGAACUUUGGCAAAUAACCAACAGUAUUAACAACUUUUAAAUAAAUUAAAAAUUAAAGAUUUUAAACAUGUAUAAAAUAAUUACGGUUUUAUUCCUAAUUGUCUUGGCGGUAGUGGCAAAUGGAGAGGAGACUCAAAAUUUAGAUCUGUACAAUUAUGUGAUCAAUUAUAAUACAUCAGUACGUACUGAUGAAUAUAUCAAUAUGAAUAGACAACAAUAUGCUAAAAAUGUCCAAGACUAUGAUAAACAAAUUGAAGUGUUUAAGCAAUCCUAUGCCGCAAGUCUUGAUACCAUUAACAUACGACAGGACAUGUUGAUCGAUACUCUUGUUCAGACAGAACAAAAACUAAAUCCUUUGGAAAUUUUAAGCAAUUUAAGUCAAAAAUGUGUUUCUAAAUAUCGCUCCUCAAUACCAACCGUGGCUGCUACCAAAACCAAACUUAACAAUUGUGUCACCACUGCCAAUCAACAACUUAAUAGUAUGCUUAGUAGUCCUCUAAGCACCAGAAAUUCUUUGGAAAACUAUUAUAAGAAUAACUUUGAAAGGGACAUUGCCUCCUGCCAAAAAACUUAUAAUGCAUUACCCUUAAACUACACCAUGUGUAUUACAGAUGUGGUUAACGCCGCUAACAGCUAUACAAUCAACAAUCAAAAGAAUUUUGCCACCCAAAUGAAUGUUGCCGAAUGUUCGGCGAAAGCUAACAUCAAUAAAGCUUUGGAUUGCAGUUAUAUAGUUGAAAAACAGACCAUCUCUUCCAUUGCUGAGGCCGAAACUUUAAUUCAAAAGUGUCUGGCGGGUCAAGAUGAGUGCAAACAAUGUAACCUAUAUUCAUGCUCCGAAGUUCAUAACAUGAAACGUUAUGAAAUCAGUUAUACCAGUAAAACUAUGGAAAAUCCUUUUUAUGGACGUAAUGAUAUUAAAAAUUGCUUAAUGUUGCAAAUAUAUUAGAAAAUUAUGUUUAAUUUUUGAAUAAAAAUUAUGUUUAAUUUUUGAAUAAAAA